AAACAGUGAAACACACACCAGCUCCAUACACUCCAUACAGGUUUUCUGUUACCUCUCCCCGGUCUUCACUUCGGCUGCUCCAUGGUAAGUCUCGUCCGCCUCUUGUCUGGUCGAAAAUACUCCUCAGUGUGUUGCAAUGGCGAUGGAAGGCUUUGCGGUGAUGCCUCAUCCCACACCGAGGACACACGGCCCAGCAAGCCUCCUAGCAACGUGCCGCCCCACACCCAGCACCAGGCGUGUGUAGGGGGUGGGUGAAAGCCCGCUCCUCCACCCUUCACCUAUAUAAGUUAAGAAGUGGAUCCGCGACUGCCAUUUAUCCAGCAGCAGCUGCAGCCCAGCACACGGACCGCACACUCCAGACCCGCGCCAGGAACACCAGCCGCCGCCACUCGCAGCCCUGCACCUACACUGACAGCGUUCUCUGUAAUACAAUAACAGCUGCGUCUCGCUAGGUGUGUGGGUACAGUACACGUGACCUCGUGUCUCGCACCCGCAGGACGUUAGUGUGUGCAAGCCUACGCCAAGUAACUCCAGACCGCGUGGCUCAGGCAGGAUGCAGGCCAGACUGUUGGUGGUGGCGAUGACGGUGGUGGUGGUGACGGGCAUUCCCACCCCUCAGCUCACAGAUCAGCCCGCACCUCAGUCCUCAGCUCAGCCCGCACCUCAGGUGACUCUGGAGGAGGCCUUCGCUGACCGAGCAGUCGUGGAGGCUAUGGUGGACUGCUUCAUUGAUAACACGAAGUGUGAUGCAGAGCAGACCAAGAUCAGAGAACGAGCUAUGGCGGCCAUGAUGAACAUGGGGCGGUGUCCGGCGACGCUGUGCACGGAGCAGCAGCAGUUGGAGAUGACUCGCGCCAUGGAGCUGCUACAAGAUCAACACAAGGACCUGUGGAUCAAACUGCUGAUUUCCAUGUUUAAUCUGGACCUGCCCUAGAACGUGCGGCGCCAGCGGUCCGCUCUGCAUACUGCCUGGCAUCACCCCGGACGGCGAAUGGCACUGAUGGCAGGUCUGGAGGCAAUGGUGAAAGGGAGCGGCCGGGAUGGCAGAGUGACGGUCCGCAGAGGCAAAACUGUGUGUGUGUGUGUGUGUGUGUGCGUGUGUGUGUGAUGACAGUACACGAGGCUGAAGUGGAACAAGUGAGCAGCGGAGCACGUGAUGCACAAACUUUGCCCUGCAUUGAGCCAGCACCACUUGGCCGCGUUGGGGUGCGGCUGUACAGAGUCGAAGACUACGGAAGGAUAAGUUGCCGUGUUUCAUGCUGGCAUAAAUCAUAAAGGUGGUGAUGCAGUAUGUGUAGUAUCGGUGCUAGUGUGCAUAGAUGUCGCGUGUGAGGAGGAAGUACCGAGGCUAUCGCGGAUGUCUUGCCCUCGUGUGGAUGUGGAUCUCAGUGGAUGGUGCAGCAGCAUACACUGAUGUCGGGUUUCACAGCAUCACCUAAGCACUCAUCAUCCCAAAGUGAGAGACAUCAGACUAAAUUUCACGCUGCUUGAUUACGGAAUCUGACUUAAUCUCAUUCAACGAGUCAUUAGUUUCUGAC